AUGCGCGGUAUCUCGGCUCUCUGCGUUGUGAUAUACCACUCGAGUCUCCUCUGGUUCACCUGGGAACUCCACGCGCCUUACAUUCCUGGUUCAUACGAGAUCCUAAAGCUGCCAAUCAUCCGCCUGUUCAUCUCCGGCCCUCCUCACGUCUCCGUCUUCUUCAUCGUGUCAGGCUAUGCAAUCUCAUAUAAGGCGUUGAAGCAAAUUCACCAAGGGCGCUUCGCCGACGUUGGCUCGACGCUUGCCUCGUCCUUCUUUCGCCGCCACCCCAGGUUGUUUAUGCCGGCAGCAGUCGUCACCUUCUUCUCAGCCCUGAUGACCCAGAUGGGCUGGUACGAUCUCCAGGGACUACCAGGGGUAGCCAUCCCGACGCGGGAGCCACCGCACGCCGGAAGCCUGAGGGACCAGAUGGUGCAUUUUGCUUUUAUCGAAGUCUGGAACACCGACCCGAUCGGCCAAGAGCAUGCCCGUGGUGGCGUGCCGCGGAAUGUCCAGAACCCAUACGAUGCUAACCUGUGGACGCUGCCAAUAGAAUUCAAUACCUCAAUGGUUAUCUUCAUGUUCCUGGCAGCGUUCAGCCGGGUGCGGAAUCGGGUCAGGAUGACAGUCGCAUUGGCACUAAUCAUCUACUUCGAGUACUUCUGGAGCUACUGGGCACUGUUCCUGUUUCUAUCGGGCAUGCUCAUCUGCGAUCUGCACUUCGAAAUCGACGACUAUCGCUCCAAUUCUGCCAAUAGCAUGAUGUCAGGGGAGGAUGCUGCCCUGCCUAUAUGGGCUCGGGUGCCGCAAGGGAUUGUCUCCAGAAUAUCAAGAAGGAUCGCAGGCUCUCGCCUCCUCGGGCGGAUCACCGGCAUCUCGUUCUUCACCCUUGCGCUCUGGCUGCUCAGCGUACCUGAGGUCACAUACAUCGACACUCUUUGCACUCACAUGGGCGCAGUGGUCUUGGUGCUGGCGGUAGACAAUUCGAGCCAUCUGCAUAUCAUAUUCACCAACCGCAUUUCACAGUAUUUGGGCAAGAUUUCUUACUCUCUAUACCUGAUACACGGACCUCUUCUGUGGACCUUGGGGUCAACCCUGGGCAGGAGGUGUGUGGCAUUCACGGGAGGAGAGACCAACGAGACGUAUGUGUUGGGCAUUGCAAUCGCGGCAUUCUUGUGGUGGCCUGUGGCGAUCUGGGUUGCAGAUCUCACGUACAGGGGCGUUGACAUGAAAUGUGUACAGCUGGCAAGGUGGGCGUAUGAGAAGCUCUUGAGGAAAGAGGAAUAA